CAUGGGUUCCUUUUUGCUGGUUCCGGUGCGGGGAAGCUGAGACCUUCGGCUAUCCAGCUUCCACAGGCUUUCGCCGAGACAUUAUUUCCAACCGCCCUGGCUGGGAUUGCGGAAAAUUUCUGGUAAAUUGAUAUUUCAUCGGAGAAUAUCCAAACCACCGGGAACCGAAUGGUAAUGGCCGACGUUUAUGAACCUCCUCGGCUGCGGGCCUCAACCGCUUGCGUGGCAUGCAACAAGAAGAAGGUACGAUGUAUAUUUUCGGAGACUAGCAGUAAAUGUCGGAAUUGUCUCCGACACCAAUGGCCAUGCUUCCAACGGGAACCAAAACGCCGAGGGCGACAACCUGGAUAUGCCAGACGAGAUAGACGGCCAGGAAGAGAACAAUUAGCGCCACUUGACGCACAAGUAUCCCCAGAUGUCAGCUCGCUCCCACUGAACGCGGUGGAAGAGAUCACUCCUCCCACUACAACUUGGUCCCUUACCUCAGAAACAGCAUGGAAGGAUUACGAUGCAAGGCCAGGGCGAAGUAACGUGAGCGCUUUAUGGAAUCCAUACACGUCAAUAACUGCAACUGGAGGCUUUAUGGAGCGGAAUGACUACUUUCACGACACGGAUUCGAUAACCAAUGAUGAGGGGACACUGCCAAUUGCACCUGCAGAGACAUUAUCAGAGGAUGAUGUGCAAUUGCUGCGUCUUCAGCGUGCCUUCGAUAUACCGCCACGAGCUGUCCGAGAGAGCCUCGUCGAUACAUUCAUGAAACGCUGCGCACCAUGGAUGCCGAUCGUGGAGCGGAACUGGCUGCAGGAUAUCGACAACAGCAAGCCGUCGAUUCUUCUACUCCAGGCCGCUUUUCUUGCCGCCAGCCGAGUAACCUCAGCCCCAGCGGUGGCAUCGUAUGCAUCCUCGCACGAAUUCUAUCGCCGAGCAAAGGCGCUCUUUUAUUCGGGAUGGGAGAAGAACCCGCUGACCGUAGUGGCGGCGGUUUGCAUCUUGCAUUGGUACAAUCCUGAAUGCCCAGAGCAUGUUUCAACGAAUACAAGCGGCUUUUGGCGAUAUGUCGGCAUUGGGUUGGCACACCAGAUUGGCCUGCACAAGGAGCCGUUGAACACCGAAGGGAAAGCUCUACGGCGACGGCUAUGGUGGAGCCUAUUUGCAAGGGACUGUUUGAUAUCUGCUGGACAAGGCAGGCCACUAGCGGUGAAUCUCUGCGAUAGUGAAUUAGCUCCACCGCGUAUAGACGAUUUUCGAGACUCUAGCCAUAGGCCGGAUCUGUUCAUCUCAUACGUGGAAAUUUGCUCCAUCCUCGGCCAUUUGACCCAGUGUUGCCGGAGGGACUCCCUGACGCGCCGCACAAGGCAAUCAGUUGGCAAAUCCCUGCAGCGAUGGAUUCAUGGAUUGCCCAAAUCGCUGCGGCUUUUUGCGAGUACAGGCUCCGAUACUGAGCUGUCCAGUUCCGAGAAGCCUCUUUCACCCUACGAUUUCGAGGCGAGACAACUUCACGUUCCAUAUUUCGUCUGCCUUAUAAUUCUCAGUCGAUCCCAACCAGCACACCAUGCCCCGUCAGCAGCGGCAAUUCUUGCAUCCGCCUACGUCGUUGCAAUUUUUGAAGACUUCCUUGCUCGCGAUGAGAUCCAGUAUCUGGGAUCGGUAUUUACCUUUUAUCUUCUGGCUACCGGUAUUGGAAUGCUAUCAUGUAGAAGAAUUCCACUCUUGUGGUCAAAGGCUGCGCCGGGAAUGCAGACAAUCGAUUCAUCCCUGGAACAACUCGCCAAACGGUGGCCGUCAGCGAUGGCACCCCUCAGAGUCUUGAGAGCGAUUACCGAGAAGCAACAGUCUUUGCCAGCGGCUGAUAACCAUGUCGAGGCACCCAGUCUUCAGGAUGAACAUCGGGCAUUUUUUGAUACGCUUGGCCCUGGUCUUACCUGGGCUUGGGAAGACCUUAUGCGUCCGAGGAUGCACCAAGACGGUGCUGAGGCAGAAUAUACUGGGUCUAUAGGGUACCGGGUUAGCGAGGGACCCAUUCCCCCGGUAUCCUCGCGCACGCGAGGAAAUGCUGCAGCAAUAGUAGACACCCUACCGACCGGUAGUCUAUUUGACCCAGUCAAUGACUUCCCCGAGCUUAACAACCAGGACGCGUUGGAUCACGGGCUUUUCCAGUUGCAGUAUGAUGGCAUCGGAGACUGGCUGCUGAAUGACUACGAUACAAUAGAGCAAGACGACGCACUUCAAAUGCGGAUUAUGACGUCGCCACCUUUUCCACGAUUAUUUACCCCUCCAGCCCCGCGGUCGAUGCGGUAUUCGGAUAACCUCAGAUCGACCCCCCGCAUUUCGGCUGUCGGCGAUUUACCAAGAACCGACAUGGGAGGAUGCCCUUGUACACCGACUGACCUCGGUCGCAUUAUUCUAGAUACUCUUCAGUUAUAAUACUCCACAGCGACCUAAUCUCAUCUCAGUUGUAUCAUACAUGCACAAUGUCUGAAGUAGGAACGUUCCGCAACCUCUCACUCGAGCGACACGGCAAUGUGUUCGUCAUAA